GGCCUGCCGGGGGCAGCAAUGCAACAGAUGCGCCUUGUUUGCCAAACACAAGAAGAAGAAGAUAAACGGAAGCGACAUAGCAAUAUUACCUGAGUACAUCAUUGCUCUAAAGCUCAUAACCACACAACGUCCUUACUAGCGAGCAGCGGAUGCCGGCGUUUGAUUCAAAAAUGAUUUCACAUGGUUUUAAAAGCAGCAAAAAGGACUUUACCUUUGGUCCUUGGACAGUCACGACUGCAAAAAACCAUAUCAUGAAAUCUAAAGACAUUGAAAGAUUAUCCGAAGACAUGAAUUUACCUUCCCUCCCAGAAAUGUUAUUUGGGGACAACAUCCUGCGCAUCCAACACAGCGAUGGCUUUGGUAUUGAAUUCAAUGCUAUUGAUGCCCUGAAGAGAGUCAACAAAUCAGAGCACACCGUCAAAGUGGCUUGUGCUCAACAAUGGCAAGAGAGCAGAUCUGUUUCUGAACAGUCUCAAGACGGGGUGAGACCAUAUGACUGGACUUUCACCACAGAUUACAGAGGGACCCUGAUUGGAGAGGAACUGCAAAUGAAGGUGACUGAGACUACAGAAAAAAUUAACUUGGAGAAGCUGAGGGCCCGCGAACAGAUAGUGUUCUUCGAUGAGAUCCUUCUGUUUGAGGACGAGCUGCAUGACCAUGGAGUCUCAAUGAUAAGUGUAAAAAUUAGAGUUAUGCCCACGAGUUUCUUCUUAUUGCUGCGGUAUUUCCUACGAGUGGAUGGCGUGCUGAUAAGAAUACAUGAUACACGACUAUAUCACGAGGCUGGAAAGAACUACAUGCUAAGAGAGUUCUGCUCAAGGGAAAGUAACAUAGCAGACUUAAAGAACGUUCCUGCUUCGCUCCACACAGAUCCCAAUGAGAUCGCACAACAUCUAACACUAAAGCUCAGAGAGUGUGAGAAGUUGGAGCUUCCUGAGCAGGAAUAAGGACGUUCAGUGAGCAAUAUAUUUACUUUUUGUGUUGCAUGAUGAAAAACAUACAAUAAUAUCAUAGUGAAUCAUCACUGUACAGGUAGGGAAAGAGCGAGAAGUAGCAUCAUGUUUGUCACGUUUGUAUCAUAAUUUUUUUCAUCUUAGAUGAAUGGUAAACAUCAAAACAAAUUUGUUUUUAAAUGUAAAGUAGAUUGAACUGUAAAAGCGACAAAUUCACAUUUACUCUAUGAAUGACUGCAUUGCAUUCACACCUCCACAGUUAACAAUUCACAAAGUCAUUAUUGAAAAUAUUUAAUUGUGUUAUUUCAUUGGAAUUUUUGAAUAUUUACUAGGGACGGGUACCUUUUUAUACAUUUGAAUCGAUACAGUACCAAUUCCCCAGUACUUGGGAAUCGAUACUAGUACUCCGCGGUGCAAAUUUUCAGUAAUGUGUGUGUGUGUGUGUGUGUGUUCAUGUGAUAAUAAAGGUUUUUUUUUUAAUAAUCAUAAAAUAAUUUUUUUAUUGUGACAUUUUAAAACUGAACUGAUAAUGAUAACUGUGCUAUCCAGGUGUUACAUAUUUUUUUCUUACACUUCUUAGUCUUAUUUGCAAGUCUGCAUUCAUUUUAGUUUAUCCUAGUCUGUCAAUGUUCUUAUUCAUCCAGGUCAUAUGUCAUCUCAGUGCAUUCAAUCGAUCGAAAAUGGACUUUUGGAUUUGUCUUGGAAGACGUUUUGCUGCUCAUGUAGUUAGACUAGAUCUGACCAUUGUAAAACUAUGAGCAUGAACUGAUGAAGCCUACUCGGAUGAGCAGCGAAAAAUCUUCAAAGACAAACCAAACUGUCCAGUUGCAAUCGAUUGAAUGCCCUGAUUUGUCCUAGAUGUUUUCCCGAAGUCAAGAAGUAGUCUUUGUCAGUAGGUUGAAUGUGCCAGUCUUGUCUUUUUUUGAGUCCUACAAAGUGUUUAUACUGUAAGUAUUGUACUUAUCAAACCCCAACUGUUUGAUUGUAACAUGCAAUUAUUUAAUCGCAAUGUAAAAUCGUUAAUGCUAAAUAAUGGCAUCAAUGAGGCAUAUCCAUUGUAAAAUAGCAUCGAGCUAGCGUAUUUUGAAAAUUGGAGCAUUACUUUUGAGCGCUAUUUACCAGGCAUACUUGCUUUGUUGCCAUUAAAUAUUCUAGCAAUACAAAAAGGCAGUCAGCUCUGAAUAUGCCUGGCACAGAAUACGUAAAAUAUGGCACUGUUGGAUUUUAUAUGAAUUAGUACUUGUUGGGUACCUAUAAAAGUAUCGAAUGCGGUAACCCCUCCCUACCUAAAACCAGAUAUUUACUUGAAUAUAACUACAAAAAACAAACACACUUUUCCGCUGCUUGAUGUAGAAUACGGUAUAUCCAAGUGGACAAAAAUAAUGGAAUAAACAAUUUACCUACACUCAUGAUGAACAUGAAUGUCGUAAGUUUAAACUUUUCAUGUUUUUUGGGGGGUGCUUUUUUUUAUCGGAUCUGUUUUACAAUGCAUUAAUGACUGGAGAUCUGGACCACUGCGCAACGUUUCUCCAUUGUCUUUCCAAUGUGUGCUAGAACAGUUCUUUACUUGAAUUUGUUAUUUAAUGCCAUAUCACAAUAGAAGUAAUUUAGUGGUAACUUACUGGGAAAAAAACUUUAAAAAAAAAAUGUAUAUAUUGUUAUUUCAUAAAACAACUCUUAUUUGCAAUAAAAAUGUAUGUCUGGAUAUAA